GUACGCAUGACCUAAAAUAUGUGGAAAAUUACGGAUCAAAAAGCAUGACAUUAGCCUAUAAACAAACGCUUGGUUGUUAGGGAGUGCUUAAAGGACAAGAAAUUAGAAUGGCAUUGUUAAUAGAAAAAUACAAUAAUUUUUAUGAAUGGGCAGAAAGUGUUAGUGAUCCUCGGGUGCAUGAUUGGAUUUUUAUUUCAAGCCCAAUUCCUACAUACUCACUAUGUGUACUUUAUUUAUUGUUUGCAUGCAAGCUUGGACCGAUGUUUAUGAAAAAUUGUGACGCUUUUCAACUAAAAUGGACUUUAGUAAUUUACAAUGCUAUUUUGACUGCCCUUAAUCUGCACAUUUUCAUUGAGCUUUUGUUUGGAAUGAUCAAUGCAAAAUAUAGUUGGCCGUGCCAGCCUGUACGCACUGAUGAUCCAACUGAAUUAAGAAUAGCAGCAGCCUUGUGGUGGUAUUUUGUAUCAAAACUGAUUGAAUUUUUGGAUACUGUUUUCUUUAUAUUACGUAAGAAAAACAAUCAACUUACAUUUUUGCAUAUAUAUCACCACUCAACAAUGCCAAUGAUAUGGUGGAUAUGUGUAAAAUGGGUUCCAGGCGGUUCAUCUGUGCAUGGUGCUGUAUUAAACGCUUUUGUUCAUGUUGUUAUGUACUUUUAUUAUGGUAUGUCUGCUCUUGGUCCACAAUACCAAAAAUAUUUAUGGUGGAAAAAGUAUUUGACUCAAAUACAAUUAUUACAAUUCACCAUUGCUCUUAUACUUGGUAGCUAUGUUUUAUAUUUGGACUGCGAUUAUCCAAAGUUCAUCAGUUGGAUAGUUAUAUUGUAUAUGAUAUCGUUUCUUUUUUUAUUUGGAAACUUUUAUCGUAAAGCUUAUUCAAAGUCUUCCAAAAGGGAGAAAUCUCAUAGUGAAGAACAUCACAUUGUUACUCAACGAAGAAGUGUUCGAUUGCGAGCUAACAUUUCAAAUUAGUUCAAAUUUUACAUUUUAGAUUUUUACAUUAAAUUACAUUUUAGAUUUUUACAAAUAAAUAUUUUAAUGGAUUUUUAGAUUUUCAGGUUUUUACAACUGAGUGUUUUAAUAAAUAGUCCAUCUACUUUUUUACAUUUUGUAUAUUAUACGUAUAAAUAAUGUUUUAAAUAUGUAUAUUUUAAUGUAGGUUUAAUGUAGGUUUAUUUUAAUGUAGGUUUAAUGUUAAAUUUGUAAUAGUCUGUAUUAGGACUAGGUGGGCCUGAGGUUUGGGACGGAGCUGCUUAUAUUAAUACAAACAAAUUUGUAAUGCUAAUGCGACAGCAAAGAUAAGAGAUGUUUUUUUAUAUUGUAUUCAACGCAGUUAACAUCGUUUAUAAAAUAUUUAUGGUUA